AUGGCAGACGACCCGCCUCCUUCGCAGGCCAGCUCUCACUUCCCCAUCGAGCCCGUCUCGGCAUCCUUGCUUGCGGCGCGCGAGCGUUGCCGUAGGGAUGCUCUGCGGCGCCGGGGCGCCAUCGUGACAGGAUGCCGGGAAGUUGACGAGGGGGCUCUCCUCGGGGGGCUCGAGAGGGGCUGCGUGACGGGAAUCAGUGCCGAGGAUGAGAGCUUUGGCAUGCGGCUUGCGUUUCAGGCUGUGGCGCGGAGUCUCGUUGAAGGGGGCCAGAGAGCUGUGAUUUUGACAACGCUGGCGGCUGCGGGCAUCCUGCCGCUGCUGCGGGAUGCGGUGCGGGCUAGGCUGCUGCAGGUUGGGAAGCAGGGGGACGAGCUGAGGGUCGCGACCAGAGAGUGCCUUGGCAAGGUCUCUGUGGCGACCGUGUUCGACCUGGAGGGGGUCUGGGAGGUGUUGGAUGAGGUUGACAGCGAUGAGACCCGGCAGACUGUGGGAGACAAGCCUGCCGCCGACGUUCAUGGAGCCAGUCUUGGUGGAGGCAAGGGUACAGAUCCAGUCGGGCGAGAUGCGAACUUCGCGACUGAGCUGAAAGAGCAGACGAACGAAGACGGGUUGGCGGUCCAGGAGAUGGCUAUCAUCGAAACCGGGGAAGAAGAUAUGCUGCCGCCACCAGCGACACAAAAGAUCCAGACGGACGAGAGGGUCGUCAUGCCGAAGUUGAACCUGGGACCAGCUGAGAUCGCGGACAGUGAAGACGAAGAUUUCGUAUCGUCACUUUCGUCCUCGCCAUUGUCGUCGCCGCCGGCAUCAAGCUUGGGCAGCGUGCCGGCAGGUCUUGAGUUGAAUGAAGAGGAGACUAUCGCUGAAGAUGCCGAAAGGAUAUUCGCCAACGCACCAGGCGACGCGAGGUUUGUCUGGGUGGUUGAGGUGCUUCUAGAUGAGAUUGGCGUGUGGGACAAAGGCCCAAGGGCCGCGCCGGUCAAGAGAGCAGAGAUGGGGGGCUGUCGAUGUCGUCGGGGGGAGCGUCGUGGAUGCAUUUGA